AUGGGGCGCCCAGGCCCGCACAACCUGACCUGCGUGUCCUACAAGCACCCGAGCGUGCGGGGCGCGCUGGGGGGCGCGGGGGGCGCGGCGGCCGGCGCCGUGCGCUGCCCCCCCGGGCAGUGCUGCGUGGGCAUCUGGAACCGCAGCCACGCUCUGGUGCAGGGCUGCUGGGGAGGCCGGGGGGACGCCUGUCCCUCGGCCACCUGCGCCCCCAGCCCCGCGGGACACCCCGGCAGCUCCGUGCUGCUGUGCCUGUGCCACGGCCACCUCUGCAACGGCAACGCCACCGGGACAGCGGCGACAGGCACGGCCGGGGGGCCGGGGGGGCCCCGCCAGGGCCCAGUGCCCGGCCCGGGGGGGUCCUCGGGGACGCUGUGGCUGCUGGGCGCCAGCCCCCUCCUCCUCAUCCUGCUCAUCUGCCUGGGCGUCCUCGGACUGCGCUGGACCAGGGCCCGCACGGGGCAGCCACCGCGGGGGGGGCAGAGAAUCGGGGUCCCUCCGGAGCCCCCCAGCCCGGACCUGCCUGCGCUGCGCUUCCUGCAGGUGCUGCAGUCGGGGCGCUUCUCGGCCGUGUGGCGGGGCACGCUGCGCCAGCGGCCCGUGGCCAUCAAGGCGUUCGCGGCCGGGGCCGGCCGGAGGUUCGCGGCCGAACGCGCCGUGCACGCCCUGCCGCUGAUGGAGCACGAGAACGUGGCCAGGCUGCUGCACGCCCGGGCGGCCGCGCCCCCGGCCCGAGGGGGGCUCCUGGUGCUGCAGCUCUACCCGGCCGGCUCCCUGCGCCACUUCCUGGGGCAGCACGUGGGGACCUGGGCGGGCAGCGUGCGCCUGGCGCUGUCCCUGGCCCGCGGCCUGGCCUUCCUGCAUCAGGAGCUGUGGCGUGACGGGCUGUACAAGCCCAGCGUGGUGCACCGGGACCUGAGCAGCCAGAACGUGCUGGUGCGGGAGGACGGCACCUGCGCCAUCGGCGACUUCGGGCUGGCGCUGGCGCUGCCACCGCGCGCCCAGGACAGCACGGGCAGCCGGCACGCCGUGGCCAUCCGGAAGGCGGGCACGCAGCGGUACCUGGCACCCGAGAUCCUGGACGAGAGCCUGGACCUGCGGGCCUGGGGCCGGGCGCUGCGCCAGGCCGACGUCUACGCGCUGGCGCUGCUGCUCUGGGAGAUCCUGUCCCGCUGCCAGGCCCUGAGCCCCGGAGCCCCGGUGCCGCCGUUCCGGCUGGCGUACGAGGCCGAGCUGGGCUCCAGCCCCACCGGGGCGCAGCUCCGCCGCUUGGCCGCGGACGAGAGGCGGCGGCCGCUCAUCCCGCCCGCCUGGCACCGCGCCCCCCAGCCCGGGGGGGCUCUGCCGGAGCUGCUGGAGGAUUGCUGGGACCCCGACCCCGAGGCGCGGCUCUCGGCCGAGCGGGCGCUGCAGCGGCUCCAGCGCUUGGCCGCGGGGCCCGCACCGGCCCCGGGGGACCCCGGCCCGGGGGCCGCCCCCCCCCAGGUGCUGGAGUCUCCCACCAUGUGGAACCCUGGUGCAGGUACAGGGGGACGCCCCAGACUGGGGGGGCUGCCUUGACCCCCCCCGGGGUCACCCCCCCCAAUCUCCUCUUUUCUUGCCCCCCCAGGACAGCCGCCCCCCCCCAACCCCGUGUACCCCCCGAACCCCACGUACCCCCCCCAGGUCCC